GUGCGGGCGGCGGCGGGCGGGGCGGACGACGUGGCGGCUGAGGGCGGGCGGGAGCAGGUAGGAGCUGCAGAGGCGGCUGUGGAGGUGGCGGGGCAGGCGCAGGAUGGCGCUCAAGGGGCAGCGCAGGGCGGCGAGCAGGGUGACGCGGGGGGCGAGGCUGAGGUUGUGGCGAAGCUUCUCGCCCUGGGUCUGCCCGACAUCAGGGCCCCCGCCGCAGUGGCCGGCGCCGAGGCGGCAGCUGCCGAGCAGCUGCAGGAAGCUGCCUGCAGCGCCUGCGACUGGGCCGUGCUUGCGGCCGAGGCGCUGGGCCUGCCGCCCGAGCGCGUCGACGCGGUGUGCGGCGGCGUGCAGGCGGCGACGGAGGAGGCGGGCGGGUGCCGGCGGUUUGUGGGGAUGGAGUACCCGAGACUGCGGCGCGCGUGCGCGGCGGGGGAGGCGGGGCUUGUGAGGGCCUGGAUGGAGCGCGUGGCAGCGCGCGGCAG